CAAGAUCAGGAUGUCCCUAGUUAAAUACCAGGAAGAAAUCAUCAUAAAACCUGACGACAGAAGUUUAGCCAGUCAUGGUUGUUAAAAAGUUUCAUCAUCGUCUUUAAUAAACUGUAGAUCUGUAAUUAUAUCUAGUGAACCAACAUCUGAAGCGGUGAUUGUACGGUAGUACUAUUUAAAUGGCGUCCUCUCAAUCAUUCCAAAAAUGUCAAGUACCAGUAAAAUGUAACUUGUGUGAAAAUGAGACUAUAAAAUGGAAAUGUGAAGACUGUGGAUUACUAUUGUGUACAAACUGUAGGGAUAGGAAACAUUCAAAAAUAAAAAAUUCUCAAAAUCACAAGAUAAUUGACAUUAAACAAAUAGGUGUACAUUCUGACCAAGUGGAUUUAUUGAACAUAAAGUGUACAGAUCACUUUGGACAAAUGUGUUGUCGCUUCUGUACAAUCUGUGACAGUCUAGUUUGUCCAAUAUGCAUUUCUAAAAUUCACAAAGGACACAAUUUAAUCGAAAUCAGUGAAGGAUUCAAUAUGAAAAUAGAUAAGCUAGAGAGAGGACAAAGUAAAAUUCAAACCAACGUUGCUAAGCUGGCAACAAAGAAAGAACUUUUGGAACAAUGCAAGUCUCAAGAAAAUGAAAAGUACACAGAGGUUAUUCAAAACAUUCAAAGUCAUGGGAAUUCUUUAAAGCAAACAGUUGACAAACACAUAGAAGGGUUAAAACAUGAAGUAAGUGAAUAUCAAAAAGCAACAAUACAUUCGAUUGACACAGAUCUUGAUGUCAUUUUAAAUUCUAUGAAACAGGUUGAGGACAAGAACAAUAAAAUAGAUGAUUUUAUUAAGACAACAGAUAUUGCCAAGUUUUUUCAUGAAGUUGUCCAACUUGAGAAUUCAUUAUAUAUACCCAUACCAAGAACCAAAUCAUCAUACAAUUCCAUUCCAAAAUUUGUUCCAGGGGAGAUUACUCAGUCUAAUGUUGGAGUCCUACAAAAUGAAGUCAGUCCAGUUAAAUUAGGUGUUGCACUCCAAGUUAUUUCAGAAUAUCAAACUGAACUUUCCAUUGUAACGGAUAUAAUUCCAUGUUCUGACGGAUCAAUUUGGAUGAAUUGUGAUUCAGAUGAAAAGUUAGUGAAAAUAAAACCUGAAGGAAAUAACCUAAACAUACUAUCUUCUUUCAACAUCAAUAUCUAUGGCAUGGCCAUACUUCCAUCUAAUGAUAUUCUCCUGUGUAUAGAAGGAGAAUCCACUCUAAAACAACUUAAUAGUAUCACUGGUGAAUUGACAGACACUGUAUAUAAUGUGAACCCUUUCGUUUGUACUGCUAUUCACAUUACCAGUGGUAAUAAAGUUGUCGUUGGAGGCAAUGAUGAUGAACUAGGUAGAACAGCUGUGUUUGUUAUGAAUGAGAAUGGAGAUCAUGAGACAGUGUAUGAACAUGAUCAACUCAACCAACCGAUCUUGACCUAUCCACAGAGUAUUACCAGGACCAAUAAUGGGAACAUACAUGUGGCAGAUAGUGAGAAGGCUAGUGACCAAGGUAGAGUGGUGGUCUUAGGACAGGGAGGUGAUAUAGUCAAUAUAUAUACAGGACAUACAGAUAUCAACAGGGAUAUACCAUUCACACCAGUCAGAAUAGUGACAACACCCAGAGACAAUGUUAUUGUAGUGGAUGUAGGCACCGAGGUUUUUCAUAUUCUGAAUAAUACAGGACAACUUUUUUUCCAUUAUGAUACCAAGAUUAUGAAAAGAAUUCAUCCUUACUGCCUUGCCUUUACACCAACAGGGCAACUCUUUAUAGGAUGUUCAAAAUCCAGUAGAGGUCAAGAAAAUGAAUCGAGGCUUUAUCAAGUGACAAUAUCAGGAUGUUAACAUUAAAAUUAUUUAAGAAUUUUAUGAAUAACUACUUGUAUUUGAGUUUAAUACAUCUUAUUUUGAAGAA